AUGGUGCGGGACUACAUUGCGACAGAGGACUGUGGUGUAAGUUCAAAAAUACUUUUGGAAUCCGAUAGCGAUAAGCGAGCCAACAUGUUGCUCGAGCAAACGACCGUUCGAAUCGGCAACCGUUUCACGACUGGGUUGCUAUGGAGACACGAUUACGUAGAGCUACCGGACAGUUAUAUGAUGGCAAUUCGACGACUGGAAUGUUUGGAACGUCGUAUGCACCGUAAUGAAACGUUAAAGGAAAAUAUUCAUCGUCAAAUCGCUGAGUACCAACAAAAAGGUUACGCUCAUUGUGCUUCGACUGAAGAGUUGGAAUCCGCGGAUCCAAGGCGUAUCUGGUACCUUCCUCUCGGCGCGGUUACUAACCCCAACAAACCGGGAAAAGUAAGGUUAAUAUGGGACGCUAGAGUAAACGGUAUUUCUUUAAACUCCGUCCUUCUAUCGGGACCCGAUCUUUUGACACCCCUGCCGUCAGUCUUGUUUCGAUUUCGGCAAUAUUCGGUGGCGAUCUCGAGUGACAUCAAGGAGAUGUUCCAUCAGCUUCGGAUUAAUGAUCGUGACAAGCACUCCCAACGUUUCUUAUGGCGCGAAAGCUCAGAUAAAGAGCCAAAAGUAUUUCUGAUGGAUGUCGCCACCUUCGGGGCUACUUGCUCGCCGACAUCUGCGCAAUUUGUCAAAAACAAAAAAGCGCUUGAGUUCACUGACAAAUUCCCACGAGCAGUACAAGGUAUCAUUCAAAACCACUACGUGGAUGAUUACCUUGACAGUUUUGAAACGGUCGAUGAGGCAAAAUCUGUCGCUGAAACAGUGCAACUGAUCCAUUCAAAAGAAGGGUUUACCAUCCAUAAUUGGAUCUCUAAUAGCAAAUCUGUACUAGACCACCUCGGUGAGGUUUCGAACGCAGAUAUUAAACACCUGACAUCGGGAAAAGGCCACAUUGCUGAACGUGUUCUAGGUAUGCUGUGGCUUCCAGAGAGUGAUGAACUUGGCUUUUCUACUUCGUUCACUGAUCGUGUUAGAACCGCAAUGAAAACGUGUGAUAGGCCGACAAAAAGGAUGGUGUUGAAAACAGUAAUGAGCCUUUUUGAUCCUUUGGCAUUUCUGGCUACCUUUUUGGUCCACGGGAAAAUUCUUUUGCAAGAUAUAUGGCGCACUGGAAUAAAAUGGGACGAUUCGGUCAACGAUAAACAUUUCGAACGCUGGUUACGUUGGAUAGAUUUAAUCAAACAAGUGAGUAGCUUCAGAAUUCCUCGAUGCUACUUUCACGACGCCAGUGCAAUGCUGUACGACUCGUUGCAAGCACACGUGUUCGUGGAUGCGAGUGAAGCUGCAUACUCAGCUGCACUGUACUUUCGGAUCAGACGUUCAGAUGGAAGCUUUCAAUGCAGUUUGGUGGCUGCGAAAACCAAGGUCGCUCCGCUAAAACACGGUACAAUCCCACGGUUAGAAUUAAUGGCUGCCUUGUUGGGUGCACGUUUGCUGUCAUUUGUCGUCGAAAACCAUACAAUUUCGGUUCGCAAACGGUUUUUAUGGACCGAUUCUGCUACGGUAUUAUCGUGGAUAUGUUCCGAUCAUCGCACCUAUCGACAGUUCGUAGCCUGCCGCGUAGGAGAGAUUUCAUCAGUUACUAAUGAAAGCGAAUGGAGAUGGGUGCCGAGUAAAUUCAACGUCGCUGAUGAAGCUACUAAGUGGGGUAAGGGACCCUGCUUCGACGCAGGUUGUCGUUGGUACGUAGGACCUGAUUUUCUAUGUUUGCCCGAAGAUGACUGGCCAAAACAACCUACAACAGUCGCUACAAAAGAAGAAAUUCGUCCGUGUCUUAUCCAUCAAGAGACUCUGCCAACAACUUUAAUUCAUUUCGACCGCUUCUCAAGCUGGAAUCGCCUUUCGCGAUCGUCAGCCUAUUUGGUGAGAGCAAUUACCUUUUGGAAGCGGAAGAAAAUUGGAGUCGCUGGCACAAGACGGUUAGCGCUGAGUCAAGAGGAGAUACGAGAAGGGGAAACAUUGAUUUGGAAACUAGUUCAAAGAGAAGUAUACGCCGAUGAACUGGUACUUCUGUCCAGAAACGAACUUCUCCCUGAAAAGGAACGAAUGGGACUCCUGCGAUCGAGCAACCUGUACACGCUGUCACCGAAAUUGGGACAAGAUGGCCUAAUACGCUUGGAUGGGCGUAUAGGAGCAACUGAAUUAGCAUCUUCGAAUGCGGAACAUGAUGCAUUGACCACUAACCAUUUCCUCCUCGGCAGUUCGAAUGGCCUUAAGCAACCAGUUUCUACGACCACAGACAAAUACUCCAUUCGAAACUCUUGGGAUUUGAUUCAAAGAAAUCUGGAUUGUUUUUGGACCCGCUGGAUACGUGAAUAUCUUCCGACGCUAACAAAGCGUACGAAAUGGUUUGAUGAGGUUCGGCCCGUUCAACCAGGUGAUUUGGUGGUGAUCAUUGAUGAGGCGCGUAGAAAUAGUUGGAUUCGUGGGCGUGUACUGGAAGCGAUUGCUAGUUCAGAUGGUCGAGUCCGUCAGGUACUAGUUCAAACGUCUUCGGGAAUAUUCCGUCGACCAGUGUCGAAGCUCGCCGUGUUAGACGUUGGCGAAGUUGGUAAAGAUGAGUCAUCCACCCAUCCUUACGGGAGGGGGUAUGUUGCCGCGGAGACAACACGAUUGGCAACACGGCUGAGUGAGAAAACGAACACUGACAUUUCGGACAGCAAGGAGGAAGUGACUUCGAGCAAGCAGUGA